AUGCUGAGCCUGAAGGGCCGCCCCAAAGGUGGCGCCGGCCCCGCCGAGUUCGGGCCAGCGCACUCGCCCGGCCGCCUCGCGCGGCCAAACGGCCUGCCAGACUCGCAGAUCCAAAACCUGCCCGCCAGGGCCGGCACAGGCCUGCUCCUGCCGCCGCCCCGCACCCACGAGGCCAGCUGCGCGCCCCCGCCGCUCCCUGAGCCGCUCGCGCCGGCCGGGGCGGCGGACGCCGCGCGCGCCGAGGCGGCGCUGCGGGAUGCGGCGCGCGUGUCGCAGCCGGACGACCUGCUGCUGCGCCUGGUGUACGACGGCCUGGUGCCGCCGGAGCAGCCGCCGCCCGCGCAGCUGCCUGGCAGCUUCUGCAAGGGGCCCGAGGCAGGCAGCGGCGCCGGCAGCGGCGCCAGCAGUGGGGUUGGCAGCAGCGCCGGGGGCGGCCCCAGGCUGGACUAUGCGCCCGGACUGGAGGCGUGGUACGUGCCCGACUCUCCAGAUGACACGACCCUCGUUUUUGAGAGCCGGUUCGAGUGCGGCAACCUGCGGCGCGCCAUCCAGGUGCGGCAGUACGAGUACGACCUGGUGCUGCAGCCAGACAUCAACACGCGAGGACACACUCAGUGGGGCGCGUGA